UCAUAAAUGGGAGAGAGGACGGAAGCAUCAGGUUGAGGACGGUGCUUACUAUUCAUUUCCAGUAAAUAAACGUCUCGGAGGUGUAGUGGCUCGAGGAAUCGAGAAACACUGAGAAAAUGCUUAGCUUUAGAUGCCUCCUAAUCGGUCUCCUGAUGUGCCAUGGUGGACUGGGGUCGCUAGAAGUGUUCUCUGCCAACCGUGAAAACAUCUUGCGCCAAGAUGCCGGAACUUGCAAGGGGGCGAUCAAGUUUUCUUUCAAGUGCGUGAAAAAUGGGGACACUUACGACCCGGAUCCAUCCACGACUUGUGUGUGUCAAGGGUUCUUAUCAGCUUGUUGCACUUCACGCAAUCCCACCACCACGCGUUCAACGGUUCUACCCUCAACAUCAACACGUACAGUAACCACCACGAAGACCCCGACCACCACCCCCACCCCAUAUCCAACUGGCUCAGACCCUCUGGAUCCAUUGACCGCGGACGAGAUCACGUCCACCUCCCAAAUCAUAGAAAAUUAUUCAGCUGCGUCACGUGCAGAACCCACUCGUCGGUUCAUUUAUAAUUGGAUCACGCUGAAGGAGCCACCAAAGGACGUCUUGCUCCCCUUCUUCCUCUCCAACAAGGACCCCCCAGCCGACGUCUACCCCCGCAAGAGUUUCUCUGUCCUCAUCGAGCGAUCGAGCGGGAACGUGUUUGAGGCCGUGGUCAAUCUGAAGACCAAGAAGGUCGAGAGUUUGGUGCAAGUUCAUAAUGUGCAGCCCUCCCUUAGUCCCGAGGAUUUGCUCCGAGCAGAAGUGAUUACUCGGUCAGAUGCCACGGUGCAAAAGAGAUGUGCAAGUUUAGGGUUUCCUGAUAUGGAUCUUGUUUAUGCGGACCCUUGGAGCAUGGGCUAUGUUGGAGAUCGGCCAGAAUAUCAAGGAAAGAGGCUGGUCCAGCUCUACGUUUAUGGGAAACACUCGAUAGAUGACAACCAUUAUGCACAUCCCUUUGACUUCCUCCCGAUCGUGGACCUUAUUCAAGGAGUGGUCAUUGGGAUCGAAGAGCUGCCAACCCACGACGACUUUGAUGCGGGAAACAAGGUUGGCAAUGUGGUUCCUCACGCUGAGGCCAAUUAUGACUACAAACUGCGAGGUGGGGCGAAAUUCCUCCGCCAAGACGACAAGCCUAUUAAGGUGGAGUCCCCUCAGGGAGCUUCAUACGUUGUCAAAGGAAAUCAGAUUCAGUGGCAAAAAUGGAAAAUGCGUGUCAGUUUCAACGGCAGAGAAGGAAUGGUCAUCCACACCGUGUCGUACAAUGAUAACGCCACCGUUCGCCCAGUCCUCUAUCGGGCAUCGCUAGCUGAGAUGUUUAUCCCUUAUGGUGAUCCUCGGCCACCCUACCAUCGCAAAGCUGUUUUCGACCUAGGAGAGUACGGAAUUGGGUUCAAUGCAGAUCGUCAAGUUCUGAAUCAGGAUGUUGUGGGAGCGGUUGUCUUUAUUGACGGAGUGCUGAAUAACUCGACGGGCGACCCUGUCUCCUAUCCCAGGAUUAUUACGAUAAGGGAAGAGGACGCCGGUAUUCUGUGGAAGCACGUAGAUUUCAGGACAGGGAAGGGUGUGGUCACAAGGUCGCAUCGUCUGGUCCUCUCCUUCAUCGCCACCGUGGGCAACUACGAGUACAUUUUCAUGUGGCAGUUCUACCAGGAUGGGACCAUUCAACUGCAAAUCCAACUCACCGGGAUCAUCUCGUCCAACAUGUUGGCACAAGGGGCGACUCCUGCAGGAUAUGGGUCUCUCGUCGCCUCGCAAAUCGAUGGGCAGUACCACCAGCACUUUUUCGCUGUUCGGUUGGAUACUGAGAUUGAUGGAAAUCCCAAUUCGGUGUAUACUUCGGACGCUGUUUCAGUCUCUGACCCCACCGGAUCACCAGGAAAUCCUUACGGACAAGGGUUUACUACGAAAAAGACGGAACUGAAGACAGCUGCGACAGCUAGGACCAAGAUUGAUCCUCUCAGUGGUCGAGUCUGGGUGGUUAACAAUCCUACAAUGGCACAUCCUUACACGGGACAAGCCAAGGGGUGGAAACUCGUCCCACCAAACACGCCCCCUCUCAUGAUGAAGGAAAAUAGCCCACUCCGACCAAAGGCAUCUUUCCUGGACUAUGACGUCUGGGUGCUGCCUUAUGCAGAGGAUCAGCUCUUUCCGGGUGGAUUCUACCUCAACAAUAGCGGUCUGACAGAAUGGGUCGGGAGGAAUCCAGACGCCAGCGUGGAAAACAGGGACAUUGUUCUGUUUCACAUGUUUGGGCUCACACACAUUCCGAGGGUGGAAGACUGGCCCGUCAUGCCAGUAGAGCACACGGGAUUCUCGUUCAAGCCCUACAACUUCUUUCUGGAAAAUCCAGCCAUUGACGUACCCCCACCAAGUAGUAGAUAUAAGAAAAGCGAACUUUAACCAUGAUACAAUAAAUAUAUUUCACAAUAA